GGCCACGGUCACACCGUUCACCACACAACUUGCUGCUGCAAACGCGUUUUUUUUUUGUUGUACAAAUCUAAAAUACAAGAAUUAGGAUUAGUUAAUGAGCUCCUAGUGUUUAACCAAGUACACCUUUAGUUAGCUUUACAGUUAGUUUCCCGUGGUAAGCGAAUGCGACAGCAAUUGCAAUCAAUUACCAUUAGCGAAGAGGCGUGAGCGUGACGAAAAGAGAGCGGAGCAAAACAACUAGACGAGACAGGACUUGAAUAGGAGACAGGAAAAAAUCGAAAUAGGCUGCUAAAAUCUGCAGGCCAAUGUCAAUUGCAGCGCAUUAAUACAUAAAUCGUACAACUACACAGUCCAAGAGGAAAAGGAGCUAGGAUUUAGAGCGAUGUAUGCAGGAACUUAUGCACCCAACGCCGGUGGCGUGCAACAACACACGGGAGGCGGCUACUACGGUAACGGUGCCGCCGGAGGCGCAGGCGGUGGCAACGGACCUCGCCACGAUCGUCCAUAUUAUCCGCGCAAUAAUUUUGCCGGUGCCGGCGGUGCAGCGACCAUAAAUGGAGCGGCCGGUGCCGCUGGUAGCAUGCACUUUGGCCAGCCGUACGGCGUAAUGGCCUACGGCAUCCAGAAUGGCCUGGGCAUGGGCGGAGCCGGUGGCAAUCCAUACCGUCAGCAGAAUGGUGUGACCUUUACCGGAAAUGGACUUGGAGGCGGUGCAGCCGGCGCAGGUGGUAACGGCGGUGGCUAUGGCGGUCUGCGUGGCAAGAAUCCCAGCUAUGGACAGCGCUACCAGAAGCCGCACAACGGCGGCGGUGGUGGCUACCAGAGUAGUAACUACAAUGCUGCCGCUCUGGGCAUGCUAUCCAAGGAGGAGCGCGCCGAGAUUCAGCGCGAGAAGGCCAAGAAUCCAGGACGAAACCUUGUUAAACCGACAUGGAAUAACCUGGAGCCGUUCCACAAGAACUUUUACGUAAUACACCCCAACACAUUGGCCAAGUCGGAGCAGGAGGUGGCCGAUAUCCGUCGCGAACUGGAGAUUACCGUGUCUGGACAGGACCUACCCCAUCCCGUGGUUAGCUUCGAAGAGAGCUCGCUGCCAUGUCAUGUCAUUGAUGAGAUGACGCGCCAGGGCUUCACCAAGCCCACGGCCAUCCAGUCGCAGGGAUGGCCCAUUGCCCUAUCUGGACGCGAUCUGGUGGGCAUCGCACAGACAGGAUCCGGUAAGACGCUGGCCUACAUGCUGCCAGCCAUUGUGCACAUUUCUAAGCAGCCGCCCAUUAUGCGCGGCGAGGGACCCAUCGCCUUGGUGCUGGCACCCACACGCGAGCUGGCCCAGCAGAUCCAGUCGGUGGUGCGAGACUACGGACACCUGUGCAAGCCCGAAAUACGCCACACGUGCAUCUUUGGCGGCUCCUCCAAGGUGCCCCAGGCCCGUGACUUGGAGCGCGGCGUUGAGGUGAUCAUCGCUACACCCGGCCGUUUGAUUGACUUUUUAGAGAAUCGGAACACUAACCUACAGAGAUGCACCUAUCUGGUGCUGGACGAGGCGGACCGUAUGCUGGACAUGGGCUUCGAGCCCCAGAUCCGAAAAAUCAUCGAACAGAUUCGUCCCGAUCGUCAGGUGGUCAUGUGGUCCGCUACCUGGCCCAAAGAGGUGCAGGCCUUAGCAGGCGACUUCCUAAACGAUUACAUCGAAAUUAACAUUGGGUCGAUGAGUUUGUCAGCCAAUCACAACAUUCGCCAGAUAGUAGAGAUAUGCACCGAAAUGGAGAAGCCACAGCGCUUAGUUCGUCUGCUCAAGGAGAUUGCCCCAACCAUCAAUAAUGGAAGCAACAAUGGACAUAAGAUCAUCAUUUUUGUAGAGACCAAAAUCCGGGUCGAGGAGAUCCUACAAAUUAUUCGCACCGAGGGAUAUACCGCCACCUCCAUUCACGGCGACAAGACCCAGAACGAGCGUGACUCUGUGCUGAAGGACUUCCGUAACGGCAAGUCGAAUAUUCUGAUUGCCACCGAUGUGGCCUCACGCGGCCUGGACGUUGAGGAUUUGCAGUAUGUGAUUAACUAUGAUUAUCCCAACUCCUCCGAGAAUUAUGUGCAUCGCAUCGGACGCACGGGACGGUGCCAGCAGCUAGGCACUGCGUAUACCCUUUUUACACACGACAAUGCCAAGCAGGCACGUGAAUUGAUCUCCGUGCUCGAGGAGGCGGGCCAGACGCCAUCGCAAGCGCUUUUGGACCUCGCACGCUCAAUGCCCAGCGGCGGAUAUCGUGGCAACAAACGCUGGAAUAGCAAUGGCAGCGGGGAUCGCAAUCAUGGCGGUCACAAUGGCGUCUAUCAGCAGCGCAGCAGCAACCCCCUCAACUACCAGGCUGCCGGCGGUGGCUACAAUAACAACCGCGGGGGACCACCAAACGGCGGUGGCUACCCACAGUAUGCCGCUGGCGGCAAUAACUAUCAGCAGAACGGAGGCGGCGGCGGUUUAGGCAACAAUUGGAACCGCAUGAAUCAAAUGGGACAGGACGGAAGCAGUGGCGGUGGACAGCAGCAGCGGAACGGCAACGCCUAUCGUCCGAGGGCUCCCUUCAACAGCGGCGGACCCCGAGCCAUAAUGGGCCACCAGGGUGGUGGUAAUGGCGGUGGAGCCGGCGGAGCUGCCGGAGUCGGUGGCGGACCCCAGCCGCACAUGGCGCACCAGCAGGGCGGUCAGUAUAUGCCGCAGGCAUAUCGCGGUCGUGGACAAUUCGUGCCCCAAGGCGCCGGAGCUGGAGGCAUGCCUCCGCGAUUCCAGCAGUUACCGAAACGUGACUACCAGCAGCACUAUCAGCCGCAGCAGCAGCAGCAGUUGGCCCAACAAUUGGCCCAGCAACAGCAGCAGCCCAAACCACCGAAGGAUGAUGGCAACAACUAUGCUCCGCCGCCGCAGCCGUCGGCAGUGACCACUCCAUUGGUUCACUACACACCGGCCAAUUCGCCACCGAUUGCGGCCGUAGCAGCAGCCGCUGCCCGAGCAGCCGCUGUAGCCCCGGCACCGCCGAGUGCUGCCUACAUGUACGAAGCUGCCGGGGUGCUGACCACAGCGGCGGCACCGGGCACCAAUCCGUAUGCCAAUCAGUUUAGCAUGCCGGCCACGUACUAUGCUCAGCAUCAGUUCACCCAGGUCACCGCUGGACCUGCGCCCGGGCCCGAGCAGGCCGGACAACUUUAAGGUGAUAACAACAGCGUUAACGGCGAUGAUGGCGGACGAUGACUACGACACGGACAAACAAAAAAUAUCUAUAUAUAGCCCACAAAAACACACAAUUUAGCCACUGCAAGAGACAUGCAAUCGGAAUGCAUAUGAUUUUGAAAGAAAUGAAGAAGAUAGUUUUGCAAACAUAAAAGAGCAAACAGUAA